AUGCUGAAACGUCUGCGUUCGAAAAGCUGGGUGAUGCUGUCUGAGGACGGCUUCACGCCCCUACCAGGAGAAUCAACCCUCUACAAGUCGCCAAACCGAACAACGUUAUCCCUUCAGUCGCUCAAUAAGUUCCCUGGCAAGGAGCCUUUCUCAAUAUAUAGCGGAGCAGGUAAUGUCUACCUCACCAACCGCCGCAUGGUCUACCUCCCCGCAACCCAAACACCUCAACUCCAAUCUUUUGCGGCUCCGAUCCUCAAUCUUCACGACACCCACGUAACCGCCCCCUUCUUCGGCCCCAACGUCUGGACAGCGCUCCUCCAGCCUGUACAAGGGGGCGGCAUACCACCUGCCCACGCCGCCAUCGAGCUUAAGAUGACCUUCAAAGACGGCGGCGCCUUCGACUUCCACAACAUCUACGAGCGCAUAAAAGAGAGGCUACAACAAGCCGUGGAGGUGGCGCGAGAAAGCGGCUACGGCACCGGGGACGGGAGCGAAAGCGGUGGGGGGCGCGGCGUGGGCGGCCUCGCGGGCGUGGAUUUGAAUAAUGUGCACUUGGAUGAGCUGCCGGCGUACGAAGCGAGCGGGAGCAUGCCGUUGUCGGGCCCGUCGACGGCACCCACGAGUCCGGCGGUAGGAGGGAGCUUGCAGAGCUCGCCCAGGCCUGAAAAUGCGAGAAGUCCGCAGCAGGAGGCGUUCAGUCCGCCUGCAGAACCGCCGCCGGGAUAUGAGGAGGUGCAGAGGGAGAGUGUGAUUGAUGAGGUGGAGUUAAGGUUGAGGCGGCGGGCGUCUCGGUCAUAG